AUGGCACCAUGGCUGCAACUGGCAGCGUUACCCUCCUCACUCCUCAUCCUUAUCACCAGCUCGAUUCCGUCAGUGACCGCCCAGGAUCUGGACUGGCAGUGGCCCUACAAUCUCCCCCCGGACUCGAAAUACUACCCCGAAGAUGAAUUGCUGGUCAGACGAGAUUUGGACGUGCAACGGAAGCUGCAAAAGAGCAACCCGACCGGGGUGAGGAAAAUGAGCGGAGAUCCUGGAGAGAUGUUCUACCUGCAAUACUGGGGCUUUGACGAGCAGCAGGACGAGGAAGAGUUCCACAUGGACUCGUUAGACUGGGCCAAUGCGACCCUAUUCGCAUCCUUCCAUCAGCCAGUCCGCGUCCACGACAGUUAUCAAAAUCCACGCAUCUUUCGGCGACUGCUACCGGGCUGGCAUCUCUUCGCAGAGCGGGAUUUCCAGUGUCCGACAGGCACAUCGGCGUGCACCUCGAUCGAUCGACCCAACAGCUGCUGCGCGACGGGCUACACGUGCCAAUUGGUCCAGGACACGGGGAACGGGCUGGGAGACGUCGGAUGCUGUCCCAACGGCCAGGUGUGUGGGGAUGCGCUGUCGACAUCCUGCGCAAGUGGAUAUACAUCGUGUCCGAACAACCCAGGCGGUGGCUGCUGUCUGCCGGGAUACGCAUGCUACCAGGUCGGAUGUGUGCAGACAUCGACCGCGACGAUUUUGACGACCCCAACGCCAUCCACGACGACGGUGACGAGCUACACGACGGUGACGCCUUCGCCCUCGACCCCUCCGCCCACGACACACACAUCCACGACCACGACCGCCCCCACAUCAACCAAAAUUUCCAGUGUCUCACCCUUACCUCCAGUUAUUUCCACCGUCACCCUUACGGUCACGGUCACAUCCGCCACCACCCUCCCACUCACCUGUUCCUCGGGCUUCCGCUCGUGUCCGGCCUCACUGGGGGGUGGAUGCUGUCCGACAGACCGGCAAUGCGGAUCAGCCAACUGUCCUGCGCUCUCUUCAACGUCCUCGUCUUCGUCCGCGACGCCUGAACCGCCCGUGCGGCCGACCUCUCUCACCACGACGGUGGAAACCACAACAACCACCUCGACGCACUCCACGUCGCUCUCGUACCCGGUGACGGGGUGUCCGACGGGCUUCUACGCGUGCUCGGCCUACUACCCGGGCGGGUGCUGCCAGAUCGGGCGUGACUGCGCAUCGACGUCGUGUCCGGCGCUACCGUCGACGACGCUCGUCUCGGGCAGCACAUUGACGAUCGUCGCGCCCACGGGUCCGGGUAUCACCGCCCCCGCCACGCAGGUGACGGGCAGUUGUGCCCACGGCUGGUCGAGCUGCGCCCCGAGCGUCGGCGGCGGGUGCUGUCCGAGCGGCUACGUCUGCGGCGUGACCAGCUGCAACGUGCCCGCGGACGUGACCGGGGGCGGGAAAGGCGUGGGCAAGGAGGCGCCGGUCAAUGCAGCCGCGAGCGAGAGGAAGCUUUGCCGGGGCGGGAUGUCAUGGGUAUUAUUACCACCAUUCCUACUGCUGGGCAUAUGGAUGCUGGCGUUUUGA